CGUCGCAAAUUUCCACCACAAGGCCUGCCAACAUCCCGAAAUAGGCUUAGUGCACCCAGUGUGUCUAUUUUUUAUCUAUACAGCUUGGCAGGUUGGCCGGUAUUCUAGCGCCCACGUAUGAAAUCCCGCAGGUGCAAAGUCAGCACCGGCAAAUAUUUACCUAUCAUGACAAGCAGUCUUCUAGAUUCAUCACUUGAUCACAGAUUAUCGGCGUAUCAAACACGUCUUGGUGACAGUUCAUUUUUCCACCUCCACAUCCACAUCCACGUCGUCGCCGGGAACAUGUACGUGGCCGCAAUGUACAUGCCAACAACCAAAUCUGUCUUGCUAUCAGUUACCCCUAUUUGCGUUUACACCGCCAGCUUGGUGAGCUAUGCGUGUUUUGCAGAUAUAAAGGAAGUCAGCGUGUAUUGUACUUCUCACAACUCCUGCUGAUAUCCUCUCAUCUAAACACUCGUGCCAUAAUUUGCAAUGUCUGAACACCCCCGCACCGACUUGAACAAUCUUUUGCAGGCCAUUUAUGGUCCUGGGGCCCUUGACCAUGUCCGAUGGGAGGUCUUUUCGCAAGGCCCUCCCAGCUG